AUGCACUUACAUUCGAGACUUGCCCCUACCAUAGGGGUGGUGUUGCUCGCGAGUACCACGUUAGCCACCAAGGUAGACCUGUCGCAAUAUGUGAAUCCAUUCAUAGGCUCUGAAGGUCCUGUCGCAGGCUCUGGCUUUGGCGGCGGUGAUAUCUUCGUUGGCGGCGCCCGUCCAUUUGGUGUCGCCAAGGUUGGGAUUGAUUCCACGGCGGCGAAUUGGAGCACCGCUGUGCUUAAUGGAGGCUGGACACCGGAUGGAAAUGUAACUGGUAUCAGCAUGAUGCAUGAGAGUGGGACUGGCGGUUCUCCCAAGUAUGGGUUGAUAGCGCAGAUGCCUUUGAUUUCUGUGGAUGCUCCAGUCAAUAUCCUUGACAAUACAACUUACAGCCAGCCAAGAGUUGGUGAAGAUAUAGCUCGCGUGGGAUAUUAUAAGACCCACUUGAAAAGUGGUGUCACUGUUGAGCUGUCUGCGUCGCGACAUGCUGGCAUCAUGGAGUACUCCUUCCCGGAGGGCGAGAAGCAUGUGCUUAUUGAUGUAUCUCAUUACCUUCCUGGAUCUCCUGGUGAUGCGAAUGGCCAAUUCUUCACUGGAGGAGAGAUUCAGAUUGAGAACGACGGGAAAUCAUACAGUGGCUACGGCACGUACGUCGGUGGAUGGAAUAAUGGUGCCCCAUUUACUGUCUACUUCUGGGGAGAAUUCGCCAAAAAUGCUGACAAUUCGCGAACAUUUUCUGGUGUCAAUACGGAUCCCAUUCCCCGAUACCACAACCUUGCAAACGGCGGUAUAAGCGAGCCAAUCUAUGGGAACGACACAAAAAAGGUGGCCUCUGGGCCUAUGAAUAAUCGCAUCGGUGUCCUCUUCACCUGGAAAAACGGACCUGCCUCAUCCAUUACCUCUCGCGUUGGCAUUUCUUCUAUAUCCAUCGCAAAGGCUCGCUCGUACAUUGAGAGGGAGAUCCCAUCCUGGAACCUGAAUGACACAGUCACGGACUCUGUCAAAGAGUGGAACGAUGAUGUUUUCCAAAAGGUCCAGGUACCGCUGGAUGACUCCGCCAACAUGACCCAUGUUCGCCUGCUUUACAGCUCGUUAUACUUCAUGCAUUUGAUGCCAUCAGAUCGAACGGGAGAAAACCCACUGUGGGAUUCUGGAGAGCCAUUCUGGGAUGACUUCUAUACAAUGUGUGAGUACCACUCCCUUCAAAUAAUUCUGCUGAUUUCUAACGACGGUGUAGGGGAUAUCUUCCGUUGCACGGUCAGCUUUUACCACAUAUUCCAGCCCCAAUACUACGAGUCUAUGAUCCGAAGCCUGAUUGAUAUUUGGAAACAUGAUGGCUACAUGCCAGACGGCCGAUCCGGCAACUGGAACGGACUCGUCCAGGGUGGAUCAGAUGCGGAUAAUGUCCUCGCUGACGCCUAUGUUAAAGGCCUCCGCGGAUCCAUCAAUUGGACCGAGGGAUAUUUUGCAAUGAAGAAGGACGCUGAAGUGACACCCUAUAACACUUUCGACCCCACGGACUUGACUGCCAGCACGAAAGAAGGCCGUGGUGCCCUCGAUGACUGGAAGGAGCUGGGCUACGUGUCUCAGGAUCACAAUACGCGGUGUAUCUCCCGCACUGUUGAGUACAGUCUGAAUGAUUUCGCGGUUAGUCAGGUAGCCGCUGGAGAGAUGCCUGAAGACCGAGAAAAGUACCUCAACCGGUCUGCUGGGUGGCAAAACAUUUGGGACUCAACUGUGGAGAGUCUCAACUUUACGGGCUUUUUGGCACCAAAGCUCUCUAAUGGGAAGUUUAACAGUAGUAGUUAUGACCCUCUGUACUGCUAUGACUGUGAGUGGUCAUCUUACACGUAUGAGGGCAUUCCGUGGGAAUACUCAUUCGUCAUUCCUCACGAUUGUGAAACACUUAUCAAGUUGAUGGGCGGGCCUGAGACUUUUGAGUCUCGUCUAGAUUUGAUGUUCAAACCCAACGUGUCCGUCCAAAAUCUCGGGGCGAAUGGCGCAGGCAUCACAACUUUGAUUAAUAUCGGAAAUGAGCCUGACUUUGCAACCCCGUACCUGUACAACUACAUUAACAAGCAGGCCAAGAGUGUGGAGCAAUCUCGUAGCCUGGCUAACCAAUACUUCAAAGACGCCGCCUAUGGAGUUCCUGGCAACAGUGAUGCCGGUGCGAUGAACUCCUGGCUAUUGUGGCAGAUGCUUGGAAUCUAUCCCAUCGUCACACAGCCCGUGUAUUUGAUCUCGUCUCCUUGGUUCCCUGACCUGAAUAUGACAGUCAGUGGAAACAAGACGCUGCGCAUUUCUGCGACUGGAUUGGAUGAUGGAUACUACGUCCAGAGUGUGAAAAUCAACGGCAAACAAUGGACCAAGAAUUGGUUCGAGCAUGACGACGUCAUGACUAAUGGCGGCCACAUUGAGUUUGAACUCAGUCAGGAUGCAAAGGCGUGGGAGUCUGGAGAAGUACCACCUUCGCCGGGACAUGUCCGGUUGGAGUAG